AUGGGGCCCCUGGGCAAUAGGGGAUCAUGGGGCCCCCGUGUCCUUGCCCAAACUCAAAAAGCCUAUGAAAAAGGUACCAGGGACAUCUCAUGGGGCCCCCUACUGACCCCGGGCCCUUGGGCAGUGCCCGAGUUUCCAAAUGGUCAGUCAGCCCCUGAUCGCUAGUCACAUGCACACCUUGGGGCUGCUUGGCUCCAUUUAUUGUCUUUAUGUUUAGCUGCUUGGUCUAUAUAAUAGGGUAGCUUGUUUUUUUUUUUAUAGGCAUAUUGCAUGUAUCACAUGCAUAUGCAUAUACAGGCAUAUUGCAUCUGUGAAUGGUAACAGUGAUCACAUGCA